GCUCAAGAUUCUCCAACUUAAAAACUUCCAUAUGCAAAAGUAAAAUCCCAUAUAUUGAGAACGACGUAUAACAAUUCGCGAUCGAGAAUUCUUCUCCCUUUGUGCUCUCGUGCAUCUCAAAGCACACCAUUUUAAUGUCGAGAAAUGCAUCAUCAUAAUUUUACCAUCCACUCGCAUAUUUCGCGCGCAUCGCUUCACCCCGCAUAUCCCAUCUUCAGCCAUUCAACCAUGAUCUCGAGUUUCUAAUCACGAUGUUCUUGACUAUUCGCCGUCUUUCCCGGUUCUCCAUUCGGGGUAUCCCAAAGUUGGCAAUUGUCCCGUCACGGUAUCCCACGACACCCCGCAUCGACAACUCAUUUACAUGCAGGAGAAGGUACCACGUUGAAGGUCUGGUGCUCGCUCCCGUAGUGUUCAGCGGCUUAUUCGUCGCAUUGUGGACUUGGAAGUGUUUGAUGUUGGUCAUUUUUCAGAAUAAGAUCAUAUACAUGCCGGGCCUACCACCCAAUGCGCGUUGGGAGAAGAUCGAAGAUCACGCCAGUCGGUGUGCCGGCAUUAAGUGGCGGGAAGAAAGAAUCCGCGCAGCUGACGGGACAGAUCUUGCUCUCUGUAUUACGGACAUGGAACUUGGUUCUGGUGCAACGUCUUCGGGGCCAAAUGUUGCAUUCUACAUACUCUAUUUACAGGGGAACGCCUCGUCCAUCCCCCCUCGCUUACCCGACCUUUCCUCGAUCCUCUGCAUGCUAAAGAGACGUUCGUCACAAUGGGAUGAUCGAAAUGUUCGAUGCACAACUGCAUGUCUUAGCUAUAGGGGCUAUUGGACUUCGCGAGGCCGUCCUACCGAAAAGGGUCUCAAUAUGGAUACUGCCGCUGCCCUUAGCUGGAUUUCUCAGCUGCAUCAUAAUUCUUACAGUGGAGAGAACCAAGAGUCGAGACCCUCGGCAAAGGUCAUCCUCUGGGGCCAAAGUAUUGGAGCGGGUGUCGCUACGAACCUCGCAGCCGAGGCCAUAAUACCGGCAAACGUACAUUUGGAUUCCUUGAUUCUCGAAACCCCAUUCACUUCAAUUCGGGCCAUGCUAGAAGUUCUCUACCCGCAGAAGUGGUUGCCAUAUCGGUACCUCUGGCCGUUUCUGCGGAACCACCUCGACAGCUGGAAGAACCUGGGGAUUAUAUCACGGAAGUAUGAAACCGGAAAUUCUCCCCCUGAGGUAUUCAUUCUAGAAGCAGCGAAGGAUGAACUAGUUCCUAAAGAACUCAGUCAGCAGCUCUAUGACCGGUGUUUGGACCUACAACUACCUGUGACGAGGAAAGCUGUAGAUGGGGCUUUCCAUAACGACACGAUGUUUCGAGCCGACGGUCGAAGGGCCGUCUCCGAAUUCUUGUCGCACAGAAUGUGUUCCGCGCGUGUUUAAACAUAAUUGGCCCAUUUUGAGAAUCCUACUUGCGGUCGGGCAGCUAGGCCAUGACCUUAAGUAGGGCCGACGUAGUGGUCGUUGAUUAUCUACACAUGCCUAUCCAUAGCCCAAAUGCGCUGAUCGUUAACUUUAUGUUGAGAAUGAAUACCGGAGAAGAACAUACUCCGGUGUAUACAAGUUAAUUCGUACGCGGGAUACGCCUCAUUGACCCCCUAUGAUACUCUUUUUCGUGGUAACGUGCCCCUUACUCCAAGAUUUGAUGUAUUAUAUUGUAUACAUCGACCAUCAACCGACAGGAACCCCAAAACCAAUAUUCUAACCCUUUCCAAUUCCCCCAAUCCAAUGAAUGUAUUUAUUAACAAACCAAAUGUGGCAUGAAGACUCCAGGCGAGCUCCCAGAUUUCUUAAUGGCACGUUAAGAGCAGAUGGUUUCAAGUCCUGAGAAUGGAACAUGUAAGUCAAGUAAGGAGAC